AUGGCGACCAACAAAGCCAAACCAGCCAGCAAACAAUCAGUAUCUGCUAAACCAUCAUCACACAAAGAUCAGUCUGGUGAUAAAUCUAAAGGUGCGUCAUCCAAGGAUGAUGAUAAAGGUGCAAAGGACGACGAUAAAGCAGCAAAGGAUGACGACAAAGCAUCAAAGGAUGAUGUUAGCAUCAGAGAUGAUGGAAAGAAAGAUUUUGAUGAAGCACCAUCACCUAAAGAUGAGGCCGGUGACAAUUAUCAAGGCACACCACGCAGUACGCAAUCGGGCACACAAUCCAGCUCUGAGUUUAGCGGAUUGUCACCGAUUACACCAGCAAAUCGGUACAGGCUUCCGGGAGGUAUGACACUACUGGACUUAAUGGCUACACCGCCCGAUAGGAAGCCUUUGAUCUUUGAACCACCUGAGUUUCUCGAUGUGCCGCUCGUGCCCAAUGAGAAGGAAGUCUUCAAUGAUAUUGUCGAAAAGGAAUUUAAAGGGGUGAAGGACACGGUCACAAUGUCCGAUGAGAUGUAUUCUGAACCGUAA